GUAGCGAAGCGCCACCCUCCGCCUCCAGGUUGAAGGUAUGAUGAAGGAGAUAGUGUCUCCAGGAUAUCAUUAGAAGAUAGCGGCUGUGAUCAAUUUGAUGAGCACAAAUUUACCUACUCGACACAAGCCAAUCACCGUAAGAAUAGUUCUAAAGGCUGGUUAUGAAGAAAUAAAGUCCUGCUCAUUUUAUAGGGAGUUGUCUUUUGUUGGAGGUGUCAUAGUGUUAGGAGAGAGAUAUAGCCAGAAUGUUACCUGGGGAUUCCUCGCAUCAUUCGACAUCUGAUAGUGGGCCUUCUAGAAAUUCUCAAGAUAAGCAAGAGGAAGUCCGUCGUUGGUAUUUUUCAAGAAAAGAAAUAGAAGAAAAUUCCCCAUCAAGAAUGGAUGGUAUUGAUUUGAAGAAAGAGACAUACUUGCGCAAGUCGUAUUGUACAUUUUUGCAGGAUUUGGGCAUGAGGCUGAAAGUGCCUCAGGUAACAAUAGCCACAGCAAUAAUCUUUUGUCACCGGUUCUUCAUUCGACAAUCACAUGUGAAAAAUGAUAGAAGGACCAUUGCUACUGUGUGUAUGUUCCUAGCUGGGAAAGUUGAAGAGACACCUCGUCCGUUAAAGGAUGUUAUUCUUGUUUCCUAUGAGAUAAUACACAAAAAAGAUCCUGCUGCAGCUCAGAGGAUCAAACAGAAGGAAGUGUAUGAACAACAAAAGGAGCUAAUUUUAAUUGGGGAGAGGGUUGUGCUUGCCACUUUGGGGUUUGACCUCAAUGUUCACCAUCCAUAUAAACCUCUUGUUGAGGCUAUAAAGAAAUUCAAGGUUGCUCAGAAUGCUCUUGCCCAAGUCGCAUGGAAUUUUGUUAACGACGGGUUGAGGACGUCGCUCUGCCUCCAAUUUAAGCCUCAUCAUAUUGCAGCUGGUGCUAUUUUCCUUGCUGCCAAGUUCCUCAAAGUAAAGCUUCCGUCAGAUGGUGAGAAGGUCUGGUGGCAAGAAUUUGACGUCACCCCACGCCAGUUGGAAGAGGUUAGCAAUCAAAUGCUGGAGCUUUAUGAGCAAAACCGAGUUCCCCCGUCUCAGGGUAGUGAAGUAGAAGGAGGUGGCGUCGGUGGUGAUACAUCUCAUCGAACACCGGCUAAACAUCCAUCGGGAAGUGAGGAAAAACAAGUAUCUUCACGGUCAGUGGCCGACCACUCAUCUGUUGACAAACAUGGUAUGUCAACAAGGACUGCCCAAAAUCAAAAUAGUGCUAAUGGUGAGAUUGGAGGUGUUAUUACUGAUCACAAGUUGGAUACUGAGACCAAGGAUGGUAAUCAACAUCAUGAGCUAUUACCGCAUAAGGAGCACAUGAGGGAAGUUUCAAAUAAAUCUAGGUCUGGAAUGGAGCGAACUGGGGGAGAAGACCUGGAAAGAACUGGUGGAAGAAAUGACACUGCAGAAACCGGUGAAUGGAGAGAUGAGGGAGCAUCACAUAAGGGUAGCGGUGUGGUUGGGCGAAACUUGGAUAUUCGGGAAGGACCUGUUGGCCAGUCACCAAAAGAAGCUAUUAAAAUAGACAAAAAUAAGUUGAAGGCCGCGCUUGAGAAAAGAAGGAAGUCGCGUGGGGAAACGAUGAAGAAAAAGGAUGUUAUGGACGAAGACGAUCUUAUCGAGAGGGAGCUAGAGGAUGGUGUUGAAUUGGCUGUGGAAGAUGAGAAAAUCAAGCGAGAACGACAGAACUGGUCUAGAAAUGAGAAUCAAGAUCAUAUUAAGGACCAUGGGGAAAUGGGAGAAGCGAACCACUACAUUACAAAAGGGCAAUCAUCUCAAGGAUUCGAAACCGAGGCUGCCGAAGAAGGAGAAAUGCUGGAUGAUGCUUCUCCAAAAGUAAACCCCCGAAAGCGAAAAGGUGGAAGCCCACCAGAGAGGCAAUCUGAAGGGAAGAAACAUCAUGAGUACACGUCAAGUUACAACCACGACAAUGUAGAAGAUGGGCCAAAAAGUGGUCGUAAUAGUUAUCCGGAUAAAGAAUAUCGAAGGCAUGCACAUGAGAAUCAUUUCUGAGGCAGUAUUAACAGUAAGUCCACGCAUUUUGAUUUAUUAAUGAGCGUAUGAUAUCGGAAAACUGGUUUCUGACUGAUUUUCGAACCUCGCUUUCCAUGUACUAAAAAUUAAAUUCUAAUUUUGAUUGCCUACACUGGCUUUUAUAUCUUGACUGUAACAGAAUGUUCGGAACGAGGAUGCUUAGGCUUGAAGAAGAGAAAGUAAAAGAGGCAAUUAAUUUAUUUACUUCA